AUGAUUCAUCAGGUAGAGCGUGCUGUUGGCGACCCCGGGCGGCAGGUCGGGUGGACGCUGCACGGGGCACGGCAGCGUCUCGGUCACGGGCACCGACGUCACCACGGGGUCAAAGGGCGUCUCCCACAGGUACGCAAACUCGUCGAGCAGCCAGGGGUACGCCGUCUGGUUGGCCUGGUAGUCGAGCAUCAUGAGCACGCGCUUGCCGUCCGCGAGCAUCUCGCCGAGGGUCGGCCAGGCGUCCAGCGCGAGGCCGGCGGCGGUGGUGGUAGUGGGCGGCGGCACGAACGCGUACGGCACCAGCCCGCUCGCUUCAAUGUGCGGCGCAUACAUGCUGGCGGCCGAGUAGUUUCCGUUGCCCAGCAGGAUUGUGACAAAGUCUUGCGGGUGUGCGUCGACCCAUGUGCGCACCUCGGUCAGCCAGCCUUCAAUGGGCCCCGCGUCCAGCAGCUCGCACGAGGUAUGGCAAAAGUGCGGCCCGGUCCCGUUAUCUUGGGCCGGGAAGUGCAUCUGUGCCUGCACGAACCGGAUGCCGUCAUCGAGCUGCUGCGUCACCUUGAGGUUCUGGUUGGCCGCGAGGUUGUUGCGUUGCACAAACGGCGAGUUGUGGGCGCCGACCAAGGUGACGUUGCUGUACUUGCGCGAGCAGAGUUCGGCAUAGCCAUUGCAGACUGUGGUGUUGGUCAACGGAAUGGUGGUGGUCACGUUGGGAGGAGUAUUCGAGCUGUUGGAGUCCUUCACGACUUGGCCUAG